CGGGCAGCUGCAAGUUGGCAUAAGAUCCCGCGAUCAACGCUGCAAGGCCGUCGAGCAGGCCAACAACCACACGCGAUAGCUCACCAAAACCAGCAGCGAUUGACUCUAGAGCAAGAGCGAUUUCUUUUAGAGUGGAUACUAGAAGAAGACUCACGCGCACAGCCGCCAUCUCAUCCAUGCGUCCGAGAAAUG